AUGGCUGUGUAUAUUGCAGAGGUUUUAUUUGCUCUUGGAUUUCUAGUAUCGAGUCUGCGGGGUCAGUACUUGCCGCUGAAUGGCCAGCAGUACGGCGGGGCAUUGGGGGACGCGUGGGGAGUGCUAGGCGCGGAAGCGGGGUGCGGCUGUGGCUCGCUAUUGUCGGGGGCAGACAGCGCCGCGGGAGCACUGGCCGCAGCUGACGGCGGCGGCUUCGCUGUAGUGAGCUCGUCACCCACGCCGCCCUACGGCGUGUCGGUAUUGUCGGAAAACGAGUACUCCGGUAUUGUGGCAGUAGCGGGCCAGUUGCCGUUCCUCGGCACUACAUACCUGGAGGGCGCGGUGCCGUCUGCUGGGGCCGGCGCCGUUGCUUACGGCUGUGGUUACGGGGACGUCGCCAUCCUCAGCGAGGACUUUGCGGGCGCGGCUGCCAGCCUACGCUACGCCAAUGACCGCAUAGCUCCUAGAACCUUCGGCAAUUCUGGCGUAUGUGGUUGCGAAACUUGGUUGUGAAUUACUAAAAUAC